AUGAAGUUUUCACAUACUCUUCAAUUCAACUCGGUUCCUGACUGGGCUGAACACUAUAUAGCAUAUUCUAAUCUCAAAAAACUAAUCUAUCAAAUCGAAAGAGAUAUUAUUUCAACAUCAAUUGAUGCACGAGGAGACACAGAAACAGCACAACCAACAGAAGAAACAUUUCUACUUGAUUCGAAAACUCGUGCAAAUACAAUUUUCAUUCCAGCACUUGAUAAGGAAUUGGAAAAGAUUACGACAUUCUACGUUAGCAAAGAAAAAGAGGUUUUCGAAGAAACAGAGAAACUUUUGGCUGAUGUUGCUUAUGUCGAAAGUUUUGAAACAUUGCCCAUUAAUAUUCCAUCCCGACGAAAUUUUAGUCGGUCUUUUGAUUCGUCGGAUUCGCUGAAUCAGAUAUUGAAAAAACCGACACGACAACGGUAUAGUUCGGGAAGUGCCGGUUCCUUUCUAAGUAGCGAUGAUGAUGAACAUCAGUUGAACUCACCUGUCAAUGAUGAGACUAAUUUACUGGAAAUUUCAUAUCAUCAUAACCCUCAAUUAACAGAGGAUGAACAGCGAAUUUAUCAUUUUUGGUCAAACCCAUUGAUCGAAGCUGAACGAAUUCGUCUAAAGAAACGUACAACGGAAGUUUAUGUCUGGUUAUCCGAACUCAAAUCUUUUGUUAGUCUGAAUCAUACUGGUUUCAGUAAAAUUCUGAAAAAAUACGAUAAAAUCACAAACAGCACUCAAAUCAAAUCAUCGUACAUGACAAACAUGGUAGGCGAAGGUUACCCCUUCAAAAAAUCCAGCCGUCAAAUUCUCGAUGAACAUAUCCGACAUAUGGAAGAAAUCUACGCGAAGCUUUGCACUUUUAAUGAUAUAAAAGCUGCGGCAAAAGAACUGAAAACACAUCUUCGAGAGUUUAUAGUGUGGGAACGAAAUACAAUCUGGAGAGAUAUUAUUGGGUUGGAGAGAAAAUCUCACGGGGUUGGUAUUAAGGCUCACCCGACUGUCGAAGAGUUGGAAAUCUCGAAAAUAGAAACUCCGUUUGGAGAGGUCAAUGUGUCGGCUGAAUAUUGGAAAACUGCUUUCAUAUUAACGGCGUGUACUGGGGUCUUUGCUAUUUUACUGGAAGCGAGGAUAUUUAAAGCGGUUGAAGUGCGGAACUGUUUUGCUUUGUUAGUGUUUUCAAGUUUACUUUGGGCAACUGAGGUGAUACCGCUUUUUGUCACUUCAUUGCUGAUUCCUUUCCUAGUUGUUUGUUUACGAGUAAUGCGUUCGAAUGAUGAAUUACACGUGCGACUAGAUGCUCAUGAUGCCACACGAGACAUUUUUGCGGCUAUGUUUUCGCCUGUCAUCAUGUUGUUAUUAGGUGGAUUCGCAAUCGCUGCAGCACUUAGUAAAUAUCAUAUAGCGAAAAUGAUGGCCACGUAUGUGUUGUCGAAAGCAGGCAAAAAACCUAGUUGGGUAUUAUUAGCGAAUAUGAUUGUUGCUACUGUUGCUAGCAUGUGGAUUAGCAAUGUGGCCGCUCCUGUCUUAUGUCUUUCAUUGAUCCAGCCGAUCCUGCGUAAUUUGCAAUCGAAUAGUUCAUUUGGCCGAUGUCUAAUUCUAGGAAUUGCACUUGCCUCAAACAUUGGUGGAAUGGCGUCUCCAAUAUCCUCACCACAAAACAUAAUCGCAAUUAAAAACAUGAUGCCCCAACCAUCAUGGAUCGAAUGGUUCAUAAUUUCCAUUCCAUUAUGUAUUCUCGCCGACAUCGUAAUAUGGAUCAUCCUACUCUGGAACUAUAAACCUGCGGAAACUUCAUUACUAAUUCACCCGAUUCGAGCUUCACGAGAUCCUUGGAGCAACACUCAGAUAUUCGUUUGUGUUGUCACGCUAAUAACAAUAGUAUUAUGGUGUGCCGAAAAGCAGCUUGAGUUUUAUCUUGGUGAUAUGGGUGUAAUUGCCAUUUUGCCCCUUGUCUUAUUUUUUGGGACUGGAAUUUUGACGAAAGAAGAUUUUAAUAACUUUUUAUGGACAGUGAUUAUCCUGGCAAUGGGAGGAAUAGCACUUGGAAAAGCAGUGCAAAGUUCGGGACUUUUGGCUAUCAUUGCACAUCAGAUUAGAGAUAUGGUUCAGGGAUUUACAGUAUGGGAAGUGUUGUUAACUUUUUGCACAUUGGUUCUUGUCGUGGCCACUUUUAUCAGUCAUACUGUCGGUGCACUAAUUAUUCUACCGAUUGUGGCACAAGUGGGCGAUAGUCUUGGUGAUGAUAAUACAUCAUAUCGAAAUUUAUUAGUCAUGGCUUCUGCAUUAAUGUGUUCAGCAGCAAUGGGUUUACCCGUUUCUGGAUUCCCAAACAUGAACGCGAUCAUGAUGGAAGACGAGAUGGGCGUUCGGUACCUUACCACCAAAGAUUUCCUGAAAACCGGUGUCCCUGCGUCUAUAUUAACAAUGCUCCUGGUGGUGAGUGUUGGUUACGUGUUGAUGCAUUUGUUCCUUGGAUAUUAA